AUGAUGUUGGAUGCUGCUGAGAAGUUCCAAACAGCAUUUGAAAAAUUAGAAGGAGAAAAUGUAGGGUAUGUGGAGUGGUUUGGACGUCCUGAUCCUCCUUGUUGUAGUGAUUGGGAAAAGGUUAGAGCUUUUGUGAAAUUUUUGAAAAUUUUCUAUGACGCCACCGAGGUCUUUUCUUCAUCUCAACAAGUGUCAUUGCACACUGAUUUCCAUCAGUUAUCAUCUGUUUUUUGUGAGCUUCAAGAAGCAUCUAUGAACUUGAACUCUGAUUUAGCCUCUGUAGGAUAUGAGAUGAAGCGUAAGUACGAUAAAUAUUGGGGAGAGGAAAAGAACAUCAAUUAA